UGGACCUCCUCGUAAGAGUGAGGAGCUACAAGUCUGCUGCUUUCUUUGCAUAAACCCCUUUUCUAAACCCUCGUCCUACAGAGAGGCUUCUCUCCAUUGACAAGCACCACCAGCCAGAGGGGAGAGCACCACCGGUGGUGGGGAAAGCACGAGCAGGUCCGGAGGGCUCAGCAUCCAAACCGCAGGCUGUAGAGGAAAGGUAGGCCGGAGAACGAACAUAAGAAGACGAAGCACAGGUCUCGAACGUUAUGGUAGGCGGACGGAUACAGAAGGGAGGUCUCACGGGGCCGUUAACGGACACAGGAUAACAUGAAAAAUACUUGUUUGGACUUCUAAGUGACUCGAAGAGAAAAUGCAGAAGCGGGAAAAGCAAAAGAAGGUUGGCGCAAGAGCCGUGCUGUUUGAUUUUGGGCUGCUUGAAGGAUCGUAAAUCACGAUGAAUUCCUCGGUGACUGCCACAGGUGGCGGAGAGGUUCAGCGAUUAAAGAGUGCCCAGUGAUCGCAACGGUACCUUAACCCAAUUGGGUUCUCAAUAUACAAGGCGUUCUGGUGUUGAAGGUAUCCAUCAUUGGUGAUGGAAAAUUAGGGGUGCUUCCUGCUCAGCUAUGCGUUUUUGGCCGACCUUAUUUAAGGGCAAAACAUGCUUUAAGGACGUCAUUUGUGGAACAUACUCUCUUAAAAAGUUGUUGGGUCUCUCAACGGUUAGACUGAACUCAAUUCCACAUGUGAGGUUUGAGUUUCGUCAAGUUUUCUUUUUGACCGCUGUUUUAUACAACUCAGUGCCUGAUGGUGAGCAUGGAUCAGUAUCACCAAAAGCUUCUGCCUGUCAACAAGACUCACAAGAGAAGGUGACUGUACAAAUACCCUCAGCAAAUGAAGGAGAUCCAGUUUCUAUACAGAGUCAGUGCAUGCUUCAUAUUAAGGAGCUCUUGAAGGCAGGCAGGUUGUUAGAUGCUAUUGAGUUUUGCAGAAAUCUCUGUCGUAAACAAAUUAGUAUAAGCUUGACCACAUACAAUCUCCUGUUAAUGGCAGCUGCACGAGCAAAUGAUUUUGUUCUUUCAUCUCUCAUCUUCAGAGAAUUGUUAAAUUGCCACUAUCCUGAUUCAACAUCAUACUCUGCCCUUGCAAAAUCUUUUUUGCAUGUAAAAGAUGCAGAAACAAUUCGCAGUUUUGGUAGAGAUUUUUGUGAACUGACAUUCUCUGGAGGUGCCACUGUCAUGAACAGAAUCAUACUUGGAUUUGCUGAAACAGGGCAGGCUGAGAAAGCACUGCAGAUUUUCGAGGACAUGAAAUAUCCAGAUUCAAAAUGCAGUCCUGAUAAAAUUACAUACAACACCAUCCUAGCAAUAUUGGGAAAAUCUGGUCGGAUGCAGAAAAUGCAAGAUGAGUUUGAUUCAAUGAAGGAAUGUGGCCUUGUUCCUGAUAUCAUUACUUAUAAUACCUUGGUCAAUAGCUUUCGUAAACAGGGAAGAUUAGAUUCGUGCCAUGUCCUUGUGAGAGAAAUGAUUGAAAGAGGAAUAGAGCCUGAUCUGCUUACAUUCACUGCACUAAUUGAUGGUUUUGGUCGGCUUGGACAUGUGGAGAAGGCACUGGAGCUUUUUUAUGAGAUGAAACGCCGGGGUAUCCGCCUCUCCAUUUAUGUGUAUAGGUCACUGAUAAGUGUGCUAAAAAAGUCUGGGAAUUUGCAGAUGGCAGAGAAAAUAUUGGAAGAAAUGAACGCAGCCGGACCAAAUCUUGUAACCUCAAAAGACUUCAAGCGAAACAACUAGGUGGUCUUGGAGGUGAUUCUUGUGGCGUAAUAACUUGCGGGUGCAAAUAUCAAUUUUUUGUCUAUGAUUUUUUGGUGGAUCACAUGCAAAAUGUCUUGAUGCUGGAAUCCUAAAGUGCUAGUUACCAGAUGCAGAUUUAUGUGAUGCGUAGAUGGCAGCUUUUCAGUUUAAUGAAUCAGCCUUCUUAUCAGAGGGAUCAAGAUAAAUUCAGAAUGGGCUCAACUGUUCAUAUAUGUUGAGAUUUAUCUUUUAUGCUCUUUGAUCAACUUUUGUGGUGGAAAAGCCAUUGCCUCACAAUUUAUGAAGAUGGGAGAUAAUUUGGAAACUGUCUAGGAGAAUGCACGGGACACUCGAUUUUAGCAUUUGAUCUAAUCAAUUUUAGCCUGGUUUUAGCACUUGGUUAUUUUAAGAUGCAGGCAGAGGCUGAUUCGGUAUAGAUGACUCUGCAUCUUCAUGGUAAGGGAUUCGUUGUUGGUUUUGAUAUUUACCCUUACUGCUGUUUUGGGGCCAAGUGUACCAAUAACAUCUUUUUUAGCCAAGUAAAAUGGGGCAAUUGAGCUCCUGCAGUCGCCAUUUUAUAAGCACUUGUCCAGUGUUCAAACUUCAAAGAGAGAACGAAAUGUAAGCAGGAAAGAACAUCACCUUCCGGUGAAAGGGAAGAACAUUAUCUUGCUGUCAUGAAGGUAAAGAGAACAGAGGCUUCAACUAUUUCGUGGUAGCAUUAGCUAGGGCGCGGGGCCUCCGAUAGCGUUGGCACCAGAGGUCCAGAUUCCCUGUGUUGUAUGCUUUUUUUUAUAUCUGUGUAAGAACAAACACGUAAUCAGGAAAAGUUUUGACCA